CAAGACUUGACCGCGUUGCACUGCUAAUUUCCCCUAGCUAUGGCUUCCAAAAAGCAGCAGCAGGAAAUGGUUCAGGUCGACAGGUCCGAGUCUGGCUCACCCUUCUGGCGCACCUCAUCAUCCAACAGCAAGCGUGAUGCAAGUCUCCCUGGCGAGAGGAAGGUCUUUGGAGCUUCAUACUCGCAUGCGGAUAUCCUCAACUUCGACAACUUGAACAUCUCCAACAGCAGCACACCACGCCCUCACACACCACCCUCGCGCGACAAUCGACCACCCUUGAAGUCUUCAACCAGCCUUUCUCCUCCAGCACCACGUCGAUCCUAUUCCAAUUUCUUUGGCGAAAACACAAAAAGCUAUGAAUCACCACAAGAAGAAGAAGCCUUGGACUUCGAUGAAGACGAAGACGAGUUUGGUCUGCCCAGCAUAGCGAGUAUGAGGAGGAAGGGAAAACGACAAAUCGCAAAGAAGAAGAGAGACCCAGGAGGUUCGCAGUCAUCCCUGAGCACUGUUCCCUCGGCCACAGCAACAUUGGCCUCGUGGUCCAUGAACAACGGAGACAUUGCCGAAGAGCGCAGUCUGCCGAAUUAUCCUACCGCAAAACGUUCCGAUGGCAAGAUACUCCGACCACAGUACAAAGACAUACUCAGAGAUCCUGCGAAUGCACUGCACCUCAUAAACCACGCUCCCGCCCCGCUGAAUGCUUCCCCCAAAGAGGUCGAAGCCCACUCAGCCCGCAUCACUCGCAUCAACAAAUUCAAGCGUAUUUUGCAAGCUUCUUCGAUCAACCUGGCCGAGUUACGCGACUCUGCUUGGUCCGGAUUGCCUGAUGAAGUUAGAGCAAUGUCAUGGCAGAUACUCCUUGGUUAUCUUCCGACGAAUAGCGACCGAAGAGUGACUACGCUCGAGCGCAAGAGGAAUGAAUACCUGGAGGCUGUGCGUCAAGCCUUCGAGAAGGGGACGUCUACAAAUGAUGCCGACUCUGUCAUUGGCAUUGGUGGUAUCUCCUCAUCACCAGCCACUCAGCGAGGCAAAGGCCGCGGGCUAGACGAGGCUAUCUGGCAUCAAAUCAGUAUUGACGUGCCGCGAACGAAUCCCCAUCUGGAGCUGUACAGCUUUGAGGCCACUCAACGAUCACUGGAACGGAUAUUGUACGUCUGGGCCAUUCGUCACCCGGCCAGCGGAUAUGUACAAGGCAUCAACGAUCUUGUUUCACCAUUUUGGCAAGUAUUCCUGGGAAUGUACAUCACGGACCCGGAGAUUGAAUUUGGCAUGGAUCCUGGUCAACUACCGAAACAAGUCCUGGAUGCAGUAGAGGCUGAUACUUUCUGGUGUCUAACGAAACUUCUGGAUGGAAUCCAGGACAACUACAUUCAUGCGCAGCCUGGGAUUCAACGUCAGGUAGCCAGUCUCCGAGAUCUGACCACACGCAUCGACGGUAACCUCGCGAAGCAUCUGGAGAAUGAAGGAGUCGAAUUCAUACAAUUCAGUUUCAGAUGGAUGAACUGUUUACUUAUGCGCGAGAUCAGUGUCAGGAACACCAUCAGGAUGUGGGACACUUAUUUGGCUGAGGACCAAGGAUUUUCUCACUUCCAUCUCUACGUCUGCGCUGCUUUCCUCGUCAAGUGGUCAGAUCAACUGCUGAAAAUGGAUUUCCAAGAAAUUAUGAUGUUCUUGCAAGCUCUGCCAACUCGCAACUGGAACGAAAAGGAUAUUGAGCUUCUACUCAGCGAAGCUUUUAUCUGGCAGAGCCUCUUUCGAAACUCAAAAGCUCACAUCCAAAAGAGCUCUCAGAAUGGACCGUUAUCGGUCACACUAUAG